GCUUGUAGCCAGAGAUGGGGACCGAGCCCACAGAGCAGGUGGGAUUGGGGGCAGGGAGGGGGAGAAGGGUUACAGAGAGGGUGGGGAAGGGGGAAGGCAUGGGACCUGACAGCAGGCUUCUGCCAACCAAUGAUCUGUGCAGGAGCCCAUUUGAACUCAAGCCCACUCUGUUAGAGGCCCCUUGGCAUGAGUGUUUCAGUAUGUCUGUGCUGGUGUAGAGCUGGGGUGGUGAGUACAGAAGGGAAAGGUGACAGAAACGCCCUGCAGACUAAGCCAAGGUCCAUGGUCCAAGUGUGAGAUAGAGCCUGCAUCUGACCAUCCCUCCAGGAGAGGGCGCUGCAAAGGGAACAGGUGAGCCAAGGAUUUAUUAAUAAUACAAAUGCUCCAUCUAUGGAGAGCUAGAUGUUUCCAUUAUCUGUUCUCUUUCCCUCUUUUAAACAGUCCUCACUGCAAACUUUGCCAGGUGGGCUGGAUAAGACAGCUAGACCCAGCAUAAUAUUAAGUAACUGAAGUCCAGAAAGAGCAAAUGGCUUGCUCAAGGUCACCCAGGAGGAAACUGGAAGCAGAGCCAGGAGGAGUGUAAGGGAAGCCACGACCUGUUCAGGGUGUGCUAGAAGGAAUCUGAAGGUGUUUCUGUCCUCUCCUGGUAUACUGUUGUCCCUGGUCGCAUAAGGACUCCAAAGGAGGAAUGCAUGUGUGGGAAAGAGAGUGGUGUGAGAAGAUGUCUUAUAUUUUGAUGUCCCCAGGUUUCCUACUCUGGGUUCGAUGAGGAGGCAUAUUCAGUUGAGCCGAUGCCGGAGCUCUGCUACAAGGCGGAUAUCCAAGCUUUCAGUCGGGCCUUCCAACCCAGUGUCUCCCUGAUGGUGGCUGUGCUGGGUCUGGCGGGCAAUGGCCUAGUCUUGGCCACCCACCUGGCAGCCCGACGCACUGCCCGCUCCCCCACAUCCGCCCACCUGCUCCAGCUAGCCCUGGCCGACCUCCUAUUGGCCCUGACCUUGCCCUUUGCUGCAGCAGGGGCUCUUCAGGGUUGGAAUCUGGGAAGUGCCACCUGCCGAGCCAUCUCGGGCCUCUACUCGGCCUCCUUCCACGCCGGCUUCCUCUUCCUAGCCUGUAUCAGUGCCGACCGCUAUGUGGCCAUCGCGCGAGCUCUCCCAGCCGGGCAACGUUCCUCCACGCCUGGUCGAGCUCAUUUGGUCUCAGCCUUCGUGUGGCUGCUCUCGUUGCUCCUGGCGCUACCUGCACUCCUUUUCAGCCGGGACGGGCAAAGGGAAGGUCAGCGGCGCUGUCGCCUGGUCUUCCCCGAAGGCCUCGCGCAGACCGUGAAGGGGGCAAGCGCAGUGGCGCAGGUGGUCCUGGGCUUCGCGCUGCCGCUGUGCGUCAUGGCAGCCUGUUAUGCGCUCCUGGGCCGCACACUUCUGGCCGCCAGGGGGCCGGAGCGGCGGCGCGCCCUGCGCGUGGUGGUGGCCUUGGUGGCGGCCUUCGUAGUGCUGCAGCUGCCGUACAGCCUCGCCCUGCUGCUGGACACGGCCGAUCUCCUGGCAGCCCGCGAGCGGAGCUGUCCUGCCAGCAAGCGCAAGGAUCUGGCCCUGCUGGUCACCGGCGGCUUGGCCCUCGCCCGCUGCAGCCUCAACCCGGUGCUGUAUGCCUUUCUGGGCCUGCGCUUCCGCCAGGACCUGCGGAGGCUGCUCCAAGGUGGGGGAUGCAGCCCAAGGCCUAACCCGCGCGGCCGCUGUCCCCGCCGCCGACUCCGCCUUUCUUCCUGCUCGGCUCCCACUGAGACCCACAGUCUCUCCUGGGACAACUAAGGCUAGGAUUCCAGAGAAGGGGGGAGGGCUAAGGAAAGGAUUCCAAGGAGGGUACUGAAAAGGGAGAGUAGGGGGGAGGGCUAAGGAAAGGAUUCCAAGGAGGGUACUGAAAAGGGAUAGUAGGUGGGGAAACGCUGAGAAAGAAGUAAGGACCUAAAGGGAUUAUUAUCUCUGCACCUAAUUAAAUUGAUACCAUGCAAAUGAGUUGCAACCCAACCACUGUUACUAUUUUUGAAUCACCAACUUUGGAAACGAGUUGUAGCAGGUCAGAGGCAGUGGGUUAACACCCUCAACCCCCAUGCCAGUGCUUGACUCUGAGCGGGAGGUGCUGGGGGGGGGGAUGCUGAGUCAGCUAAAGCUUUGAGUACUGACUGACACUCUCUGCCUUCACCCAGUCUCUGCCAACCGAGGUGAGAUGGGAAAGCUGCCAGGAGAGGAGGGGCAGGGGUUCCUCUGGAGCCAGUGUCAGAAAGGGCUUUCUAACAACCCUAGCGCUAUCCAGUAAAGCUGCUUUAGCAAGUACUGAGUUCCCAGAGUCUGGAUUGUACAAGCUGAAACCAUCUGGCACUGUAUAUGCCUGGUUCUGGUCUGGUGGUAGGGGUACUGGACCGGAGACUCCUGCUUUGAGUGAGCUUUUGGAUCCCUUGUAAAAUUCUGCGAUGGAAAGAAAAAAAAAAACUAAUAAAGUAUGAAUUAGCCUCCAUGUACAGAUAGAUGUUGUAACUCCAGCACUAUAGAAGCUGUGGCAGGAGGAUAUCCUGCAGAGAGAGAGAGAGAGACAGAGACACAGAGACAGAGAGAGCAAAAAGUUGAGUUUUGGAGUUUCUCACCUAGGAGAAAAAACAAGAUGGCCUGUAGGGAGAUGGAAGGAUGCUUGCUGUUCCACAUUUUCUCUGGGAACCAAGUCAGAGGAAAUGCACUGUGCUUUCCAGGAAACAUGGAGGUUAGAUUAUCAGAAAGACCUCUCCUGCAGGCAAGAGUCUAGGAUCCUGAAGCGGAAGCAGAAGGAAUUAUGGUUGUGAUGUCUCUAGCCCUAGGAAAUCUCAGUACAGGCCCCUUUUAUCUAGUGUGAAGGUACAGUCAUGAUGGCCUCUAGAGGUGCGUUCAUUUCUGGUCUUUGUUUUACACAAUCACAACGAGCAGGGUGGUGUUCAAAAGAGACAAUUUUCUCAGUUUAGUAUCCGGUCUGCAAAGCAGUACCCACCGCUCCAGCCCGAGUCUAGGGGUGAAAAGGGCGGGUCGUAGAGGUCUUCAGGGAAGGCGUUGGCCUAACGUCUCUGCCCUGUCCUUCCCAGCCUAGCUUGGGUAGUCGUUUCCAAGAGCCUCAGGCGGCAGCGAUUUAAAACUUCGGCUUCUGGAAGCCAGGAGUCAAGGAAGGCCAGGAAACUGCCCAGAUCCUCAAAGGGUGCCGCACGCUAGCCCUCGGGAGCGGACCUGGAACCCUCCACCAGUGACUGCGGGAAUCGCCGCUGAGUCAGCAACGCGCGCGCG